AUGGAGCCUGAAGAUGUGACGUCCUCUCCGCACUCUCCGCCACACGGAAACGAGGAUGCUUACUCCAUCUCCUACUCCACAUUGAGCUCGCGCUCACGUUCCCCGACGCCAUCAUCACCAGUCGAUAUAACGCCUCCCCUUCCUCUUCCUCAUGAAGUUAUCCGAUUGAUUCAAUGCGCGCAAUGCUCGCACCCGUUCCGGACGCCGUUGCGCCUUCCAUGCGGGAAUACCGUGUGUCGAUCGUGUCUUCCGCCCGUGCGGCCGCGCACGGGGGUAUCGUAUCCGGCGAGCGAGGAACGAAGGCAAGGAUUCACGUGCCAAUGGGGGAGGGAACACUGUGGUGCAGAUCAUUGUCUUGGGGACUGUGGGGUGGAUGUAACGCUGACACGAUUGGUUGAUAUCUUUCAAGCGGUCCUGGGCUCGAGGUUAGAUGCGGUCGGGGAGAAUGCUGGGAUUAAUAUUGAGUGGAAGCGGUCGUCGGAGACGGAUGCGGAGGUAAAGAACGCGAAUAUUGGGACGGAUCUACUCAGAGGUGUUUAUGAUUUGGUCGGAUCAGGACGGCUUGGGUACGAUGCUUCUGGUGUGCAGUACGAUCCCCCGGUACAAGCAAACCUCGGCCAAUAUGGUAGGUCAUUCGAAGCGCUUAGAUCUGCUGUGCGCAACGAGUUGGAUUGCCAAGUGUGUUACUCACUAAUACUUGACCCAUUGACAACCCCCUGCGGUCACACCUUCUGUCGCAGCUGCGUGGCCAUGGCCUUGAGCCAUAGCAAUCUCUGCCCGGUUUGCCGGCGAAAGUUGAACAUGACUACGUCUGUUCAGUCAGAACGAAUUAACAAACGGCUGUCAGACCUCAUUCAACUCUUCCUCCCCGAUGCGGUGGCUUCGCGGCGAGCGGACCUGGGUUCAGAUAUUGACGCGGGCACCGAGGGAAAGAUUCCGUUGUUCGUAACCUCACUCUCCUUUCCUACGAUGCCCAUGGCGCUACACAUAUUUGAACCUCGAUAUCGCCUUAUGAUACAAAGGGUCAUGGAGAGCAGAAGCCGAAAGUUUGGCAUGGUCAUGCCGAACCGACGAGGUCGGCUCCAGCAGGGAUUGGGAAGAGCCCCUUUUUUGCGCUACGGCACAGUGUUGGUGGUUGACCGCUACGAGCUGCUGCCUGAUGGAAGAAGUCUCGUCAUCGCCACCGGAAUGUCGCGCUUCAGAGUGGUUAGCUGGGAGCUGGUGGAUGGCUACCACGUGGGUAAGAUCCAGCGGGUGGAUGAUGUUUCAAUAUCGGAAGAGGAGGCUCAAGAAUCAAGAGAGACGUCCGCCGUGCUCGAUGUCUCGGCGUCAAUUAGCAAUGCCACAGAGAGAUCAUUGGAGUCCAUGUCAACGCAGCAGCUAUUCCAGUUCGCCCUCGACUUUGUGCUGAAGGAGCGUAGACAGGGAGCUCCCUGGCUGCACCCUCGUGUCCUUUUAGCGUACGGGGCAUUGCCCACCGACCCUGCUAUAUUCCCCUGGUGGCUCGCCACGAUCCUACCCAUCUGGGAUGAAGAGAAAUACGCCUUAUUAUCAUCAACGACGGUUAGACAAAGGUUAAAGGUCACUGCGAGAUGGAUAAAGAGACUGGAGUCUCGACCUUGGUUCUCUCGCUCCCGUCCGCCUUUAUCCGCUGUCUUAUGA